AUGGCGACCUGCGAGGAGCAGGUCCAACUGCGGGCGCGCGGCCGGACCGACGCCGAGCGAUGUUCCUGGAACACGCCCUCUCUGGCGGCCAUGUUGGAAAUGUGCAGACUUGGCAGCGAUGGUCACCACAGCGGCGACCCCUGGAGCAGCAGCAGCAGCAGCAUGAGCCAGCAGGGUUACCAUAGCAGCAUGCUGGGGGGCGGGAACUCGGCGCACGGCCCCGCCCAGAGCUCCUCCUACUGCGGGAUCCACCCUCACGACCGACUGAGCUACCCGUCACACUCCUCGUCCGCAGACCUCAGCUCCAGCCUUCCUCCCAUGUCCAGCUUCCACAGGGCCGGCGGCGGCGGCGGGGGCGGAGCCAAUCACUACAGCACCGCCUCCUGCACCGCCUCCACCAACGGCACAGACAGCGUCAUGGCUAACCGAGCACAGAGCGGCACCGCCAGCAGCUCCCAAACCGGAGACGCCUUAGGGAAAGCCCUCGCCUCAAUCUACUCUCCAGAUCACACCAACAACAGCUUCUCGUCCAACCCCUCCACCCCGGUCGGCUCGCCGCCAUCACUCACAGCUGCCAGUUCAGCCGUCUGGUCGAGGAACGGAGGACAGGGAGCGUCAUCGCCGAACUACGAGGCUCCGCUGCAUUCACUGCAAAGUCGCAUCGAGGACCGGCUGGAGCGCCUGGACGACGCCAUCCACGUGCUGCGGAGCCACGCCGUGGGGCCGUCCACGGGCAUGGCGAGCGCGCACAGCGACAUGCACAACCUCAUCGGAGCCGCGCACACGCACAACGGCGCCAUGGGCGCGCUGGGCAGCGGCUACGGGACGGGACUGCUGUCGGCCAAUCGGCACUCACUAAUGGUGGGCUCUCACAGAGAAGAUGGCGGCAGCGUGGGCAGUUUACGCGGCAGCCACUCCAUGGGGGGUCAGGUGUCGGUUCCUCAGCUGCCGGUCCAGUCGGCGACCUCACCGGACCUCAGCCAGCCCGACCCGUACCGCGCCCUGUCCGGCGGCCUCCAGGGUCAGAGCACGUCCUCGGUGAGCUCGGAGAUCAAGUCUGAGGACGAGGGAGACGAGAACCUGCUGCAGGACAACAAGUCGCUGGACAAGAAGGACGACCUGGACAAGGAGCUCAAGGGCAUAGAGAGGUCAAGAUCUAGCAACAACGACGACGAGGAUUUGAGUCCGGAGCAGAAGAUGGAGCGGGAGCGGGAGCGCAGGAUGGCCAACAACGCCCGGGAGCGGCUGCGCGUCCGCGACAUCAACGAGGCGUUCAAGGAGCUGGGCAGGAUGGUGCAGCUCCACCUGAAGAGCGACAAGCCGCAGACCAAGCUACUGAUCCUGCACCAGGCCGUCGCCGUCAUCCUCAGUCUGGAGCAGCAAGUCAGAGAGAGGAACCUGAACCCCAAGGCGGCCUGCCUGAAGCGCCGCGAAGAGGAGAAGGUCACCGUCACAUCAGAUGGGACGCCCCUCUCGCUGGCCGCCGCCCACCACGCCGCCGCCGCCGCCAUGGGCGAUGGACCAAACCCCAUGGGACAAAUGUCCAAGGUGCCAGAGUUCAUCAGGAUGAUGAGUGACCACUUCCUCUGACGGCGUUUUCCACCAACCAAUCACGCGCGCCGCCUCUCGCUCCAGCCCGACCAAGUAGUUCCUCCGGGUCAGAUCCGCCUUCGUCUCCUCUGUGAUCUGUCGUCUCCUCUUCGCCGCCAUUUUCUUCUUCUUCUUCUUCUUCAGUCGAGAAAAUCGGACUUCAGAAUCGCAUUCGUCGCUUUCCGGACGUUUCGAAACGGCAACGGACAAAUUUCUUUGGAUCCGCCCAAGGAACUCUUGUGCUACGUGUUUUAUCAGCAUUCCCAGGACAAAAAGGCUCUAUAUAGAUAUAUAUAGUAAAUAUAUAUAUAUAUAUGUGUGUAAGAAAACAGAAAAAGUUUAAAAACUUGAGUCGGGCAGCGAGGAAGGUUGGGGUUAAGGAGGGAGCAAACAUAUCACAAAGUGUUUAAAGAGAUUCUUGUUUUUUAACGCAACAUUUGCGCAGCAGUUGAGCGCAGCCUCGACACGGCUCUCUAGCGCCGCACUGUGGAUGAAGCUGUGCCUCACCUCCUCACACGCACACGGAGAGGAUUCUGAAAAAAAACUCCCUCAAACUUCCCCAGGAAAGCUUAGGAAGAAGACAAACCGGCACCCCGCAGGAGCGCUUAGGUGCUUCUCUGCAAACCUGCACAAACUCAUCGUGUUUCUGUAGAGGUAAAAGUACAAAAACGCUUGGGAGUAGCGACCAAACGGCCCGGAUAGAGCGAAGAGUCACUGAGCAGACCAAACGGCGCUAACGCUAGCUUAGCUCGACAAAUCACGGAGAGAUGGAGGGAAACUUGGACUGGACAGCAAAGCGAAUCACAUUCCUUGAGCCUCGCUACUUGAAUCAAGAGCUCCAACAUGGAAACACAAAGCGAGGGUCAGAGGAGGCCAGGGAACAAUCACCAUGGCGAUGGGGAAGCAUUCCCGCCCCAAUCCCAAUCCUGCCCGCGCUCCGACACCGGUGAAAGGGGGCUUCAAGAUGGCCGCCGCAGGGCGUUAAAGUUCAGAGUUCAUCCUGGUUGGACCAGGGAGGAUUUUCACCAGCAGCAUCAGAACAGGAAGUGGAAACUUUACAGUUUCCAUUAAACAGGAAAUGAAAUUAAGUUCAAACAUGAACAAGUCGUUAAAAAUCAAGGAUGACGAAGGUCUGUUACCAUAACAACUAUUCCUGGACGAUAAUCAGAGGUGAGAAAAGUAAAAAAAUAUUUGGCAGAGAAGUUUACUCUAGUACGGAGUAACUGAUGAAAUAUUCAAAAAUGACAUCAUCAGACAAACUGGACCAAGAGACUGUCUUCAGUCAGAGGCUUCUUCAGGUUCACUGUAACACAGACUGCUACAGGAGAUCUUUCUUGCCUACAGCAUCAUCAUCAUCAGUAACUCUUUCAAUUGAGCCAAAAUAUAGAAUCAAGUGGAUAUUUUAAUAUUUUAGGGACCAAAAUGACAAUAAUUCAUAUAAGUAACAAUAAAACAAAAUUUGACAAAAGAAAAUUUUUCCAAAUCAGUUUAAGUGAAAAACUUCUGAACCUUUAACAGAAACUCCAGGUGUGUGUCUGGUUCUGGUUAAAACAGUUUUGAUUUUCGUUCAGUGGGAAGAAAAUCCAGAAAUUUUACUCAAGUAAAAGUAAAAAUACUCUAAAAAGUAUUUUUUUGUAACCAGUUUCAGUUUUUAAUACAUCAAAACUUACAUGAAACCAUUGGGACAUUUCCCAGUCUGGAAGCCUCCUUUCACCCCAGUUUGACCAAUCCAUCCCAGUUACUGGACUGAACUGGCCUUACCCCCCCGACCCCCAACCGAUGCAAUUUGAACACUGACAGUUGAACCGACGUGCCUUUCUUAGAGUCCAUAUCAUGGAGGAAGACAUUUCCUGGUCUUUUAAUAGGAUGCAAGCUUAGGGAAACCUGUUGUUAGCGGUUAGCUUCUAUGCAGUCAGGUUUUUUACCAGACCUGGGAAUUUAAAAAAAGAUAAAAAGGUUAAAAAAAGUAUUUUUUUGGAUAAAAAAAUAAAACAAAAAAAUAAACUGUAUUUAAUGUACUGUAUGCUUACCUGUAAGUAGACGGCGUGUUCUGGAGUAGACGCUUCGAUUUAGCGAGACCAGCCCCUGUCCCAGUCCUCCCAGUCCUCCCAGUCCUCCAUAGCCCCAACCCCAGGUUCCUGUCCAACCCUCUGUCCACGGUGGACAACUGCGUCUCUUCUUGUAUUAUAGCUUAUCGGCUUUUUAUCAAUAUUUGAUCGGCUUGUCCGUAAGCCAAUGUAGUCUUCAGUACUCAGUGUGUGGUUGUUUGUUGUAAAACUAUUUUUUUCUUUUGCCCCUCUUCUCUUGCUCUUUCUUUUUUUAAAGAAUGAUUUUUGUUUCUUAUUACUUUUUUGUCUGUUCUGGUUUACAUGUCUAAUAGAAAAACUGUAAAAAGAAUAAAAAAACUAAACGAAAGGGAAACAAAAGAAGUCAAUUCGCCAUCCAGCAGCAUCGUUCAAAUCCCAAACAUCCAACAGGAGGCAAGGAAACUGGAAAGAAUCUAUUUGAAUAAAUAAAUCGAUCUAUAUAUAAAUGUACAAAAGUAUAUACGAUAUAUAACGAGGGUGCCGUUUCUGUUUUUUAUUGAUAUUAUCAGUGUUUGUUUUUGGGGAGGAGUUAUUUUGUCACAGACUGAACCGACAGAAAACGGCGACGCCCCUCAGUGUUAGAAAUUUUCACCUUGACUGCUCCGUAUUCUUCGUUACGGCAAGUACGGCAUCCUGCACGGGACAAAAAUAACGGGACCGGAGUUCCACAGCAACAACAACACACAGACAUUUGUAAAUUGUAUGCAACAAAAAUUGCAAACUUUACCAUUAUUUUGAAAUUGUGUAUGUAAAAGUUAUAUUUUUACAUGUAGACGGUUGUUAUUUUGUGUUUUAGGAAUAUGUU